ACCAAAACAACCCACGCAAAGUUCUCAGUGUCUCAGUGUCGCUCCGAGUGAACGGGUUUCGCGCUUCUCGUUUUUCCACAUAUUGAAAUAAAACCAAAAAAAUAAAUAUAUAGAGUACAUUUCGCACAGAAAAAGUGAAAAGGAUUCCUAGUUAAAAGUAGCUGCAAUUAUCUUAACAACACGCGAUAUCUUUGCAAAAUGUCCAGAAUGACGCAUCUUUUGCUGCUGGCGGCUAUCGUCGGAUCUCUGCAAAUGCCAGCACACGCCGCCGGCGAGACAAGCCCCGAUUAUGAGAAUGUCUACGAUGAUGAUGACGCCUCGCGCUCCCCUGGCAAUUUGGCCAAAUCGACUGCAGUUCCAAUGGUGCCAUACUUCGAUCAGAAGACGGCAGUCGUCUAUGUCCAGCCCAAUGCAACAAAUGUGAAGCUCGAUUGCCCGGUUAAGAACUAUGAUGCCAUACACCAUGCGAUACUCUGGUACCGGGACAAGCAGCUCGUCAUGAAUGGCAACCUGUCGAUCAUCAACAUCUACAGUCUGGACAACCAGUUCGUCCUGAAUGUGCCGCUGGCCAACGCAACUGGCCACAAGUUCGAAUGUAACGUGAUGCCGGCUAAUGUGACCCGCCAGAUUACCAUCAAGCUUGGCCUACCGCCAACCAGCCCGCCUCCGAGCUCAGCCCCAAAUCUCAGCUGGCCAACAGCUGUGAACUGCAUAAUCCUGAGCGCUGUUUCGCUCAUCUAUCGAUCUGCAUCAACCCGUUUCUGAAUAUCCGAAAUGUGAAACAACAUUUAAACAAUGCACCACCGGCACUUGAACUUUUUAUGGCAGGAAGGACUUACAGAACUGCGCACACUCAAAGACGAGCUUGAAUCCAAGUAGCUAAAUGAGCUGAUUUUCGAAUUAAGGACUCCUUGGUUCCAUUUCCAUGCAAUUGGAGCAUUGCUUAAACAAUUAUGUUAGGUGUUGCUUUAUUAUUAUAGAAUAUAGAUAUAAGAAAGAAUAUAUUUAGUUGCAACGCAUGUAUAUACAGAUACAUACAUACCUAUAUGUUUAGUGGUAAAAUGUUAAAGCUACUUUUCCGAUUAGCUGAUUAGCCGAUUGGAUGGACGAAUCCAUGUUUAUAAGGUACAAGCAUCUCAGCGCUGGACCUGCUUAACUCUAAUGUGUGUGAGAAAUGCUUAUCAAAUAUUAUAGGAUCAAUAACUCAAACCAAGAUAAAAUAAUAUUAAAACUAUAUGCCCCUCGGAAAUUAUUUAGAAAUACAAUUAAACAAAUUGUUAUUCCCUUGUACUUAUCGCAGCUAUAUAUUCUGAACCUAUCCGAGCAAGUUUCUAAAUUCCAAAAAUAUUUAAUGUGCACAAGUUCUUAAAUACGUAAUGCCCAUCAAAUUCAAGAAAAAUAACUUUCUUUGUACAAGAAACAAAAGGGUUAACAUCUUGUUUUGCACGUAUUUUAAGAUGUUGCAAUUAAGUAACUAGAUUAAAUAUACGAUUCCGGCAGAAAAAAAAUAUAUAUCAAAGCUAAUGUUCAUAUGGAAAAUAUAAUUUUAUAUAUGCAAAUUAUAUUACUUAUAUUUUGUUGAGCCGAUUGUUAGAACAAAGUAAUUAAACAAAUACAUGAAAUGUACGAGGACAAGUGUCUUAAGUUGAUACAAAAUCGAAAAUAAAUAUUUUGAAACUCUCAAAGUGAAAUAAAUUGGAGCUACCAAACACAAA